AGACUAGUUUCUUUGCUUCGUACAUCCACGCAAUGACGCGGUUCUUAUUUAAGAAUUUCUUCCCGAAUGUGUCUUCGCUCUUCGUAAACAGUCGCACCGGGUGGUAAAGAUCGUCUAAUAGAUGCGACUACCAGAAGCGUGAGGACGCAAGGAAAAAAAAAACGACGACGACUCAUAAUCGAGCACAUCACAACAAGUGACUCGUAAGCGAUGAAAUGGUUUAAAAUAAUAAAUAAGUGGCGUACAGACGGUGCAUAACACCACUCGGAGGUUGGGUUGGGGCAAGGAAAGCGUAGCAAGAAAAAUUCAUCUCUGAUCAAGAAAAGCAAUGGAAAAAGGAGAGGCUAGAGUAGCGCGCAUAUCAAAUUCCUGUCACUUUCUCCCGCUUUCACAUUUGGGACAUUUUUUUGUUUGUUUCUUGAACCACCAUUCCCAGCUUGGUUGUGAUCUAUCACAUUCUGCAAAGCAGUCACCACAACACACUGGACGUGUUUUGCUGAAGAAAACUGCAACGAGGAAAAUGAUAGAAAAUGUGCCUCUUUAAGUGUAAAAAAAUACAUCCAAUUCUUUUAACACGGUGCGUAACAUGCAACUGGGCCACGAUCGUUUGCCCCUGCCAAGUGCACGGGAAGAAGAAACUCCGAUCACACCUCACCUCACCCAUGACCUCAUCGCCUCUCCUGGUAGGGUUUAGUUUUUCCAGCCGCUUAACCUGACCUAACCUUUCAGCGUUCUGCUUUGCUUUGGGUUUUCGCUUUUUCCCCAGCGCGCGCGCGAACCGAUGAAGAAGAACGAGGAUUAAAUGGCUCGUGAAGAGAGAGAGGGAGGGGACGGGAGUUUGUCACAGUCGUAUAAUUUGUUGUUUGUAACAACUCGCUUCGUAACGCGCCCAGCAUACCAAGGGGACAAGGGUGCGCGAGAUCACGCGGGAUCGACGAGGAUCGUGUAGAUUGCGCGAAGAACUACGAUCAUCUGCCUGACGGUCUCUACACUGGCGGUGAUGAUCCUGGAUGAUGAAGAUGAUGGUGAAGAGAUGAAGCGAACACGCACGCACACAUGGGACUCGAUCUUCGGGAAAAACCGCGUCCGAACCGAGUGUCUUCCGCCGGUUGGAAGACUCGGGCGAUCCCGCGAACAUCCCGUAGGAAUCACUGACAGCCGAACGAUCGACCGGUACGGACGUGUUUUGCGCUCCAUUUGCUCACCGUGCUGGGCGUUUUUCUGUGCGUGAUUCGUGAUCCAAGAGUGAUCGUGUUGUUUGAGUGCAGUGAUUAGUUCAAGGAUUCUGUUCCCGGUGUUUAUGGUCAAUGUGUGAUUAUCGUUAACUUUGUCGUGGUUAAGUGCAGUGAUUAGAAUGGCUCUUCUAACACCAACAACUCCGUCCUCUUCGGGCGAUCUGUGUGCGGCGAGUUUAAAAUCGUUCGAUCUCAAGCAUGGCUUCUGCCUUCCCGAUGAUACCACGAUGGACGUAUGCUACAGUGCGUUAAGUUGUGGGAUGAGCGAAGGCAAACCUCUGCCGUUCGGUGCUGACUGUGGUCGCGCUACGCUCCAUCAAAGCUACACUCCAAUAUCCGCACCACCUGUCAUAGGAGGAUUUAGUGGAUGUCAGGCGGAAAACGAGUUCCUCACAGAUACAGCGGCUCAGUUCCAGCAACCUCCGCAGGACUCGCUCAAACCGAUGGGCUGCUUCUACACGGCACCCGCCAAAGGGGACGAUCUGUUCUUCAAGUUCGACCCGGAGUACAUCGAAAAGCUGCAAUCGGCUUCCUCGAGUGUGCUGCUCUCGCCAGCGGCCACCAUUGCCAGCACACCGCUCACGUGCCAAAGUUUGCUCAGUUGCGCCAGCAGCAGCAGUUGCACCACGACGACCGAUUAUUACAACUACAACGAGACAAACUGCCAGUCAAAGAAUCAAUCGCCGUGCUCUUCACCGUUUGCCGGCGAUGCGUGGAUCGAUAAUGGAUUUACUCUGAAUCUGAUGAAUCUGAACGGGCCCGGCAGUUGCUCACCGAAACGAUCGAACGUGGAACUGAUGGCGACGGCGAAACCUGCCGGCACACCGUUGCCCUCGAUCAGGAGCGCUUUCGGCGGUACGAUCAGUGGACAGUUUGAGUGUGUCGCAUCGAAACCCGAUCUUGCGUCCGGUGUUGAGCCCUCGAUGAACUACAUCAUGGACUUCCUGGAUAGCUCCUUCCUGGAGCAGUACGGCAACGACAAUAGGGCGGACAGUUGCUGCAACACCGUGGAGACCUGCGAUACGGCGCUGGUGAUAGGCCAGGACGCGUACAGCUACUCCGCCGACAAUUACUACAAACCGAUCCAGGGUGCGGAGAAACCGAACCGAGAGUUUAAGGACAUCUGGAGAGGUGCGGCAAGCCUUUCGCCGGCGUCCACGCCCCUGUCGGCUGACUGCAAACAAACCUCGGCGUUUGUUGCCAAACAGGAACCUCUGGAUAUGGUUGACGAGUCGUCCGAAAUGGAUGAGCCCUUCCCGCUGCCGACAUCACCCCGUACCUGCCUUUGGAGCGGGUGCAAUGUGGAGCUGCCGGAUCAACGGCAGCUUGUGGCACACAUCGAGAAGCAGCACGUGGAACCGAAGCGGGGCGAGGUGUUCGGAUGCCAGUGGUUGGACUGUCCGCGUCUGCAUCGUCCGUUCAAUGCCCGGUACAAGCUGCUGAUCCACAUGCGCGUACACAGCGGAGAAAAGCCCAACAAAUGUCCGUUCCCGAGCUGUAAGAAGGCUUUCUCGCGGUUGGAAAAUCUGAAAAUCCACCAACGGUCGCACACAGGCGAACGGCCCUACAACUGCCAGUUCCAAGGCUGCGCCAAGGCGUUCAGCAACAGCUCGGAUCGUGCCAAGCAUCAGCGCACACAUUACGACACGAAACCGUACGCCUGUCAACUGCCCGGCUGCAACAAACGCUACACCGAUCCUUCCAGCUUGCGCAAGCACGUCAAAAAUCAUGGCACUCGCACUACGGAGAUACAGUUGCGUAGGAAAACGGUAGUACAGCACGAACCUGCCGCCACGCGGCGCUUCUCCGAACCGGCCCUAUCGAGCAUGGACGCGUUCAAUCUGGAACUGGACGAUGUGUUUGAAAAAGCUGCCAGCCAUGUGCAGGGCCAGCAACUGGACAGUCCUUCCUCGGGGCUGGAUACACCGGGCGGAACGCCCGAAGGUCGUACCACGAUGGAUGACUUUAACGAUAUGUCCAGCUGUCUGAUGAAAAUCCUUCAACAACCUAAUGCUGCUACCGGUGCGGAUAGUAGCUGUACGGCGGACCUGGAGAGCAAUCGCUUUCUGAUGGAAAACUUGGGACUUUCGUUCGAGAGUGAUGCAAACUAUUCGAACGAUGAGGGUAGCGUGCUGUCGUGUCGAAUUCGAACCAACGAUACCGAGGGACCGGAACGCGAAAGGACACUGUCGGCGUUUAGCACCGAGUUUGAUUAUUUCGGGGCCGUAGUGUGAGGGGCCAUGAUGGUUGGAGUUUUGUUUUUUGGGACAAUUUUAGGGACCUUGAUAGCUAGACAAUAGACGAUCUUCCACUAUCAUUCAUCAUUCUUGACAAUAGCUUUUGGACUUUAGAUGUAAGCUUUUAGUAGCAGCAUUAGCUAGUAGGAUUUGUUGACAUGGCGCGAGCUGUCUUUCGCUCAGUGGUCUUCCAUCUUUGUUACACGCUUGUUAUGAAAGCUAAAGACAUUUCCAAAGAUGAUUAGUUAAGGCUAUUAACUCGUUAAGGUGACACUCUUGUUUAGGAUAAUUUUUUUGGAUUUUUUUCUUGUGCAAUUCUACACUCUCUCUAAACUAUUUGUAAGACACAUUACUUAUGUAGAAAAAAAGAAGAAGAGACCCUUUCUCACAUGUGUCGUUCAUUGGAAGCAAAUGUGAUUUUCGGCAAUAAGUGAAACGGAAACCAAAUUUUCUUGUACAAAAAAAAAAUAGGGGGCAAUGUACUUCGAUGGAAAAUUUAGUAUUAUAUAUGUGUUUGUGUGCGUUUUGCGUGUUAGUAGUUGUAGCGAGAUACUCCUUAUCGAUGAUGUAUACAUUUUGCAAAUGCAAAGAGAUAGUUAGCUUAUUUUUUGUAUAAAGUUUUAGUAAAAUUUAGUAGUAUCAACAUCCAAAAAAGACAUUUUUAUAUUUUUUUAAGACAAUAAGGGGAGUAAAUAAAAUGGUAUACUACGCUA